AUGUUUAAACCCCAGUUGGGCAAGAAUAUUGAGAUCUAUAUAGAUGACAUGGUGGUGAAGAGCAUGGUGGUGCCUGAGCAUGUGAGAGAUCUCGGAAACAUUUUUGAAAUUCUGAGGAAGCAUAAGCUACGCCUUAACGCUUCCAAGUGCUCUUUUGGUGUGGGAUCAGGCAAGUUUCUAGGCUAUAUGGUGACUCACCAGGGAAUCGAGGUCAAUCUCGAUCAGAUUAAGGUAGACGGAGUCCUGUUCACUUAUAUCGUUAUGGCCCCUCAUGCUAUAAGUUUGGUGUUGAUACGAGUUGACAGUGGUGUACAACGGCCAGUUUAUUAUGUGAGCAAAUCACUGCUUGAGGCCGAGGUCCUCACGGACCUGGUGGUCGAGUUCGCUGAACCCUCACUGGAAGAAGUAAUAGAAGCACAACACAUGGAUGGAAAAUCGGUUGGCGCAAUCUCCCUGCAAGAACCUUUAUUCUGGAAGGUAUACGUUGAUGGUGUGGCAAAUCAAAUGGGCUUUGGAGUGGGGCUAAUUUUGAUCUCACCUGAGAAGCUUACCAUUAAGAAAUCAUUAAGAUUAGGCUUUUCGGCUACAAAUAAUGAGGUUGAAUAUAAAGCUUUGCUGGAGGGAAUGUCCAUGGUUCAAAGAAUGGGAGGAAAGUUAGUAAAAAUGUUCUUGGACUCAAGACUAGUUGUCGGCUAG